AUGGACACCGUGCUGACCCUCACAGCCCUUCAGGUCAUGAAGACAUUCUUAUUUCUCUUUGCUGUUUUCUUCUUUCUUGACCCAGCCAAGAAUGCAUUUUUCGAUGAGAAGUGCAGCAGGAUUAAUGGGAGAUGCACAGAAUCUUGUCUGAAGAACGAAGAACUCAUUGCUCUCUGCCAGAAGAAUCUGAAGUGCUGUGUGACAGUCCAGCCAACAGGACUCGGGGAUGAGCUAGUUUUGUCUUUCUGCUGGAAGCAGAUGCUGCAAUGA